UGAGAUAAAAACCAGGAAAGGCUCUAUUUUUCAACCUCCGAGUCAUUCCCCAAGUAGUUCUCCCACCACCGCAAAGCUAGUGUUGGCUGGUGCUAAAGGAGAGAGGGAAAGGGCGAUGGAGAGGAAAGCGGUGGUGGUUUGCGUGGCGGCGGGCUUUCUGGGGCUUCUCUCCGCCGCGCUGGGCUUCGCCGCGGAGGCGACAAGGGUCAAGAUCUCAGAUGUUCAAACAACAAUGCCAGGGGAUUGUGUAUAUCCAAGGAGUCCAGCAUUAGCUCUAGGCCUAACAGCAGCAGUAGCACUUAUGAUGGCUCAGGCAAUCAUCAACACUGUAACUGGGUGCAUAUGUUGCAAGAAGCAUCUAAAUCCAUCGGACACCAACUGGACUGUAGCAUUGAUAUCCUUCAUUAUUUCUUGGGUGACCUUUAUAAUAGCAUUCCUUCUGUUAUUAACCGGUGCUGCACUCAAUGACCAGCAUGGUGAGGAAAGCAUGUACUUUGGUAACUAUUGCUAUGUUGUCAAGCCUGGAGUUUUCUCUGGAGGGGCUGUAAUGUCCCUCGCAAGUGUUGCUCUGGGGAUCGUUUACUAUGUUGCCUUAUCAUCAUCAAAGAAUGUGCAGUCUUGGGAUCCCCAGCAAAACCAGGGCAUUGCAAUGGGGCAACCUCAGAUCCCUCCGCAGAGCACGCAACCAGUUUUUGUGCAUGAGGAUACAUAUAACAGGCAGCAAUUUCCCUGAAUAUGGGCUGUUUCCGAAAAUCUUGCCAAUCCUUUCCUGGUUCAUUCUGCUCUUUCAGUUUGCCAUGUGAAUUGUAUAAAGACAAACACCUGAAACACAUGACUUCUAGAUCACGAAUUGUCUUCUUCGGGCACUGUAUUGUUCUCUUGUUGCAUGAGGCCUGGAUAUGUCUGCAGAGUUGGAUUUUUGCUAUGCCAUAAGGUACUCAUGUUCAUCAUGGAAGAAGGUGCUGCUUUUCCUAGUUGCAAAUAUUUAGCUAAGCGAGAAGAAAAGAUGCUGUUGUUGUUUGUUGGGAUUGAACUAGUGUACCAAUGUUGGACUGCUAUACAGCUUUAGCAUUAGCAGCACUCCAAUUGUAAUGUAUGGAUAAUACUAUAAGCUAGUUAGUGGUGGACAGCAUUUUGACGGCCAUGAAUUGAUUUUAUUAAGACAUGGAGAAGAAAUUUUGGAUUGUGUAGAGAGAUUAGUAUUUUCUCAUCAAAUAUCUGUAUCCAGGAUUAAUAUUCA